AUGGGGUACAUGGACAAGUACCUGCCGGCGUCCAACGCCACGGCGGGUAACAUCACGAUCCCCUCUGCAGCUACCCCCUUCGACCCGGCCUCGGUCCUGGUCCUGAUCGUGACCCUCUGUGCCUUCUGCGCCCCGGUCUUUGUGCUGUUCCCGCCCUUCCCGCCGCGCAAGAGCGAUGCGCUCCCGAUAACCCACACCAGGCUGGGCCUGCAGCCGUCAAAGUCUAACCUCCGCGACCAUCACCGGGCCGCUGCCGACCAUGCCUCCCCGGGCGCGGCGGCGGCCGAGGUCAAGUCGCUCUUCAUCUACCCCAUCAAAUCGUGCAGGGGCAUCGAGGUCACCAGGGCAAAGGUCGUCCACACCGGCCUGGAGUUCGACAGGCUCUUCACCUUCGCCCAGCUCAAGGGCCACUCCCCCGCCGGCGCGGACGGCGACCAGGCCUGGGAGUUCAUCACCCAGCGGGCGUUCCCCCUGCUCGCGACGGUCGAGGUGGAGCUGUGGCAGCCGGACCUGGACAAGAUCCGCGGCGGCGAGAGGGAGACCAAGUCGGACGAGACCUUCCUCGUCCUGCGGUUCCCCAGCCGGAAGGCCGGGCUCGCCGGCGCCCUGCAGUCCUUCGCGGCCAAGUGCUCCCGGGGCUGGAGGGCGGUGCCCGAGGAGGAGGUCCUGCUGCCCGUGGCGUUCCCCUCGGCCGGGGAGAUCAGCGCCAAGGGCUACGCGCGCGAGCGGGUGCGCAUCUGGAAGGACACGGCCACCGCGCUCAACAUGGGGAGCGAGCUGCCCGACGGGCUGAGGCGCUACCUCGGCGUGAGCAACCCCCUGGGCCUCUUCCGAAUCGACCCGGAGGGCCUGCGGCCGGUGUUCAAGUGUGCCCCGUUGAAGGACGAGGCUGGAUAUCAGCCCGUCGUGAGCUUCCAAGACUCUUAUCCUAUCCAUGUUCUCGGUCUGUCCAGUGUGCGAGACUUAGAGACGCAGGUCAAGAAGGAUGCGGACCUGGACAAGCUGGACCCCAAAAGGUUCCGCGCCAAUAUUUUCGUCAGUGGCUCUCCUGCAUACGACGAGGACUCGUGGACAAAGAUUCGUCUCACGGAUCCGUCUCACAAGGAGGACCAGUCAGACUUCCACGUCUCGUGCCGGACCACAAGGUGCAAGUUGCCCAACGUGAAUCCCGAUACCGGAAUACGCCACAAUGUCGAGCCGGAUAGGACGCUCAGAGCUAACAGAGAGAUUGACGAGGGCGCGCCGAAAAAGGGCUGCCUGGGUAUGCAGGUGACUCCCCUUUUCGACAAGCCGGAGUCUACAGAGAGCUACUUGGCUGUUGGCAUGUCUAUAGAGGUGCUGCAGAGAGGACAGCAUUUCUUCAAAAGUGUGUAG